AUGCGAAAUCAGUACGUUUUGGACGAAGCAGUUGUUUCAUCGUUUCCCAUACCCGAGCCGAAGGAAGAACAACGGGCGAAAGCGAUAUUACGAGCGACAACAAAACGGCUAGGAGAACGAUUCGAAACCGGGCUGCUGUGGCGUGAAGACGAACGCCGAUUUCCCGACAAUUAUGCGAUGGCAUUACGGAGGAUGAAGGCACUCGAACGAAAGCUUGAAAGAGAUCCAGCUUUAAAGGAGAAUGUUUGUCAGCAGAUCGUGGACUAUCAGGAGAAGGGUUACGCGCAUAGGAUAACUAAGGUAGAACUUACGCAGACGCCUAGCUCGGCGGUCUUGUAUCUGCCAUUGAAUGCAGUUGUGAAUCCACGUAAACCAGGGAAAGUGCGCCUGGUGUGGGACGCAGCUGCGUCGGUAAGAGGAAUAUCACUGAACACAGAACUGUUAAAGGGUCCAGAUAUGCUUAUACCCCUUCCCAGGGUUAUUUGCCGCUUUCGUGAACGUCCGGUGGCGUUUGGCGGAGAUAUCCAAGAAAUGUACCACCAGAUUCGAAUCCGAUCUGAAGACAAACAGGCGCAACGCUUCUUGUUCAGGUCCAACUCAGCAGAAACACCCCAGGUGUACGUAAUGGACGUGACCACCUUCGGAUCCACGUGCUCGCCCUGCUCCGCGCAAUAUGUUAAAAAUUUGAACGCGGAACAGUUUUCAGGACAGUUUCCUGAAGCGGCGAUUGCGGUUAGCGAAAAGCACUACGUAGAUGAUGACUACGACAGCGUGGACACAGUGGAAGAAGCGAUGCAGCGAGCCAAAGAAGUGAAAUAUAUAUACUCUCAAGGAGGCUUCCAUAUCAGGAACUGGGUUUCGAGCUCCCAUAAAUUUCUCGAAGCGAUGGGCGAGCGGAAUACGAAUGAUGCAGUUCAUUUCAACCGGGACAAGAGUGCGGAGUAUGAGCGCGUGCUGGGUAUUGUUUGGGAGCCGGUUGAGGAUUCAUUUUGUUUCGCUCCCGUGUCUACUGCAGCGUUUCGGUCAGUUUUAGAUGGCGACGAACGCCCAACGAAACGGAGUGUCCUUAGCUUCGUAAUGGCACAAUUUGAUCCAACGGGACUCAUCUCUCCAAUAACUGUGCGCGGAAAGAUGCUGAUCCAAGAUCUCUGGCGUACCGGUUGUGACUGGGAUACGAAAAUUGAUGCGGAAUCGUUCGAUAAAUGGCGUCGGUUGAUCGGUAUGAUGCGAAACAUCAAAUCCUUCAAGAUAUCGCGGAGUUAUUUUGGAAACUCUAAAUCGACAGAGAUACAGGAGUUAGAGCUGCAUAUUAUGGCAGACGCAAGCGAGAAAGCAUAUGGAUGUGUGGCAUACUUUCGGGCAGUCGUAAGAGGUGAAGUGCGGUGCGCACUGGUUAUGAGCCGUUCUAAAGUGGCCCCGCUGAAACAGGUAUCCAUUCCCCGUCUUGAGCUCCUGGCAGCAGUUCUUGCUGCACGACUGUCGAGAACUGUUAUCGAGAACCACAGCCUAGUCGUCGGCCGAGUGGUAUUCUGGGUGGAUGCUAGUGUGGUGCUCUCGUGGAUUCGCUCCUAUCAACGCCGAUAUAAACAAUUCGUCGGAUUCAGGAUCGGCGAAAUUCUCAGCCUAACGAAAUUGACUGAUUGGCGCUGGGUGCCUACCAGGAUGAACGUAGCGGAUCAGCUAACGAAGUGGGGCAAAGAUCCAGAAAUGCAUCCUGGAAGUGCGUGGGUUCGUGGGCCCUCCUUUCUAUACGAAAAUGAGGAGAAGUGGCCGAAGAAAGAAUUACCCCCCUCAAAUACGACGGAAGAGCUACGCAUUCAUCUGUUGUUGCACAAUGUGAAGGUACAGACAAUUCUCAUAGACGCGGGGCGCAUUACCAAAUGGACCGUGCUCGUGCGGACGAUGGCGUGCGUUUUUCGGUUUAUCUCGAACUGUAGACGAAAGUGCAAAGGACUGCCGAUUAAAACGCUGAAACCGACGAAGCUGCAAGCAAAGAUGUUGAAGCAGAAUGCGGUAGUUUGUACUAUUGUUCCAUUGCAGCAAGAAGAGUAUGAUAUGGCCGAAAAAUGUCUGCUGCGUAUGGCUCAGGCAGAGAGUUUUAUUGAUGAACUAAAGUUGUUGAAACGGAACGAAAACCGCCCAGUAAGUCAGUGGCUCGAAUUCGAUAAAUCUAGUCCUCUUAGAAAGCUCACUCCGUUAAUCGAUGAGGCUGGCUUGAUUCGUAUGGAGGGACGAUGUGCGCAGGCCGAGGAUCUUCCAUUCGAUCUUCGAUUUCCUGUCAUUUUACCGGAUGAUUCCAGGAUCACCAAUCUGAUCGUCCAGCACGUUCACGAAAAGUGUGGCCAUGGAUACAGACAAACGGUAAAGAACAAACUGAGACAACUGUUUCAUAUCAUUCAUAUGGACGCAGUGGUAAAAAAGGUAUCAUCGGCUUGCAUGUGGUGUAAGGUUAAUCGCAAUCGUCCGCGAGUUCCCCGAGAAGCACCGUUGCCGGUGCAACGUUUAACACCAAGUCUUCGUCCAUUUAGUUUUGUUGGAGUAGACUACAUGGGACCGUUCGAAGUGACCGUGGGACGCAGAAGGGAGAAACGGUGGAUAGCACUAUUCACCUGCCUGGUUACGCGGGCGGUGCACCUUGAGGUCGUGCAUGGACUGACAACACAAUCGUGCUUGAUGGCGAUAAAUCGUUUCAUUGGACGACGAGAUUGGCCAAUAGAGUUUCUGUCGGAUAACGGGACCAAUUUCCAAAGGGCAAGCAAAGAGCUGGCGGCACUCAUUAUGGGCAUCGAGUUUGAUUGUGCGGACGAGUACACAAACGCUAAAACGAAAUGGACGUUCAAUCCUCCCGCUUCACCCCACAUGGGAGGUGUGUGGGAACGCUUAGUCCGCUCGGUAAAGGAGGCACUGAAAUCGUUACAUAAUGGCAGGCGACUUACGGAUGAAAUCCUUCAGACGGUGAUUGUGGAAGCCGAGGACAUGAUAAACUCCCGACCUCUCGCAUAUACGUCUCAGGAGUCUGAGGAAGCAGAAGCUUUGACUCUAAACCAUUUCUUGCGUGGCCCCCCCUCGAAGCGACAAGACGUAGGUAUUCCGCCGGCAAAUCCUAGUGAAGCUCUGCGAGAUGCGUACUAA